UCUCGGAGCAGAGAGCGACCGUCCAGAGCAGCCGAGUCAGUCGGGGACUGCCGAACGGACAACCCAGCAAGGGCCCUCUGCAGGCGUGAUGGUUUCGGCGUGCGUGCAGCGACCGGGUCGACGCGUUCGCCGGAUUCUCUGCUGAGCGGGCUUCUUCUGAUCUGACCUGUCGGCUAGGGCGUCAGUGUUCGCGCGCCCGCACUUUGUUGAAGGCCAACUUCGGAGGACCUAUUCGUGUCAUUUGCCUAUUCGGUGCCCCCCACGUGAGUUCGUCGUUCCCAAAAAGAGCGGUCGGUGCAGGUGCCCGAACCGAGCGCGGCGAAGACCUCUGCUCGAGAUCGGAUAAGCUCGACAAGCGCCGGGCUUGUGCCCAGAGGGAGAAAACGUGUGCUGUGUGCGAAGUUGCGAUCGCUCGCUUCCUUGGUCCACUGCUCUUGUGACUGCACUGACCCGGUGCCCGUUUCGGAAUACAAGUGCCUUCGAAAAGCAACGGGUUUCCCCAGCAGGGUGGCGCUGCAACCGCCAUGUCCGAGCUGGAGAAGAUCAAGAAGGGUCUGCUGAAGAGCGCCAACGGCGAUGGACCAGCGCUGUUCGAGGAUCCGGACUUCCCGGCCAGUCAAAACUCGGUCUUCUAUCAUCAGACUCCGCCUUUCAAGUUCACCUGGCUCAGGCCCAAGGAAAUUUGCUCUAGUCCGCAGUUUGUCUCCGAUGGCCCAUCGCAGUUCGACAUCACUCCUGGCAAAUUAGGCGACCGCUGGUUUGUGUCGUGUCUGGGAGUGCUCGCAACGUGCCGAGGCCUGUUCUACCGCGUGGUCCCGGCCGACCAGGGCUUUGGCGAGGCGGACGAAUACGUGGGACUGUUCCGCUUCCGGCUGUGGUGGUGCGGAGACUGGAAGGAAGUGAUCAUCGACGACCGGCUGCCCACCGUCAACGGGAAGCUCGUGUUCGUCCAGUCCGGUCACGGCUCGCUCUUCUGGGCUGCGCUGCUCGAGAAGGCGUACGCAAAACUGUAUGGAUCAUACGAAGCACUGAAGUACGGCUGCAGUCUGGACGGCUUGGCCGACUUAACGGGCGGCGUGACAGAGACGCUCAACAUUCGCGAGGACCCGAGCGGUUGUGCGCGAACGCUGGCAGGCUCACUGCUCGCUCGCACCACACUCGUCACAGCGGUCGUUCAGCAACAGCACACACAGGUGAGUACCGCGAAUACAUGCCAAAUGGCGAAUGGAAUCUGGCUCGGCACAAACUACAGGAUACUGUCCUUUCAGAAGGUGACCACAGCUGGAGGUGAACAGGUGCAGCUCGUGAAGCUGAGGAAUCCUUUCGGAGUAGGCGCCGACUACAUUGGCAGCUGGUCGUUAGACUCUCUGGAGUGGGACAAGGUUCCGCCGGAGGAGCAAGAAAGGCUCAACUACAAGAGCCCUGCGGAAGGAGAAUUCUGGAUGUCGUACCAGGACUUCAUGAAGACGUUCACCUCUCUCGAAGUGGUGCACCUGGACAGCGAGACUAGUCGCGACGAGCUCAGCCUACGCGACAAGACGCCCUGGCAAAUGAAGGUGUGGAAAGGACACUGGCAAAAGGGCGUCACUGCCGGAGGGUGCCGGAAUAACACCGACACCUUUCACAUCAAUCCUCAGUUCCAGUUGAUUCUGUCCGAGUCGGAAGAAGUAGUCAUCUCUUUAAGUCAAGAUGCAGUCAUUGAGCCUAAAGUCAUGGGCUUCACUAUUUACCAGACACCGAAGCCGCCUAACGAAGCCCUCGACAAAGCCUUCUUCAAGAAGAACAAGUCACUACUCAGUUCCCAGUACAGUAACUGCAAGCAGGUGUCUGUCAGGUGUGUCAUGGAGCAAGGGGGCUACGUUCUGCUCCCGAACUUCGAACUGGGCCAAGAAGCUUCUUUCACGCUGCGGGUAUUCUCGGGAAAACCGACGAAGCUAAAGCUCAUCGACAACCAGCCGAGCACGGUAAAGCCAGCGAUAAUGAAGGCGCCGCCUUCAUUCGACAGCAAGAUCAGUUCGUACGAGGCUGUUUUCCUACAAGUUGCGGACGAGCACUCCUCGGUCAACUGCUUCGAAUUGCAGGAGUUGCUGGAAGCCUGCCUCCCGAAUGACUAUGUCAAGAGCUGCGCAACACUGGAAGUUUGCCGGCAAGUCGUCAUGGCGCUGGAUACAACCGGUCUGGGAAGGCUUCGGUACCAGGAGUAUAAGAACUUCAUGUGUAGUCUCAAGUACUGGCAGAGCACCUUCAAGAAGCACACGCGUGGCACGGCUGGAAUUCUGAGGGCUGAGAAGCUUCGCGACGCCAUUGUGGAUGUAGGUUUUCAGCUCAAUACGGAGAUCCUCUCGAUGCUGAUGCUGAGGUACAUGAGGAAAGACGGCACGCUGAGGUUCGGAGACUUCGUCGCUUGCAUCCUUCACCUGUCCGUCGCCUUCGCAACGUUUGAGAAGAAAGAUCCUCUUCAGAAUGGCUUCAUCAAGAUGACGCUUGCCGAGUGGCUCAAGACGUCUUUGCAGUGCUGAGCAACGUCCGAACAAAAUACUUUGGAUAGCACCGCUUAAGGCUCAAGAGAUCCCAGAGAAGAAUGGCCGCCCGAUCUGUAUACGACUGGCCUUUGCUUUCGACUGUAGGCCGAGUAUCCAGGGGCAAAGAACUCUACAGUCCUCCGGGCCUGAAUUGUACCUCUGGACUAGAACUUUGGAUUACGGAGACCACAGUGCACGACAUACCACUAUUAGGUCAUGUGCCAUUGCACGAGGGAUGCACUCAAAGUUCUCAAAGUAAUACUUCACAGAUAUGCCGUUGACUUCAAGUGAUCAACAGUGGUCCAUGAAGGAAGAAGCCUAGAUCCAGGCGCGAAUCUGCAGGUUUCUCUAAAUGAGGAGGGAUGGGCGGGUGUCUGCCUUUGAGAUGGUGGAUUUGAUGACGAUUUCACAAAUACGCUUAUGACAAAUAAUAAUAACAACGAAUUCAUGUCCAAGUGGACGUUCUAACGAUACAGUAACAGCUUGGAACAAGGAGUUUGUCGUGUAACGUAUACUGGCGCUGUGCAGACGAACUUCAAGGAAGGUACGUGCGUGUGUGUGGGGUGGGGGGUGGGGGGUGAUUAAGAGGGGUGUAGUGAUAUUCAGGACAUGUCCUUUGGAUCCGUGCAUAUAGAAUCAAUGUUUCCGUGAAAAGAACUGCUCAAGGUAAGUUCUCAUGUCGAAACAUCGGUUCUCUGGACAUUUCCUCUUGAAUCAUUGAUAUUUUUCUUGAAUGAUGGAAAGAAGUGUUAAUUUCAAGGGCUCGUUUUCUUUGUUAUACACAAUAUUAAUGAGAACUAACAGACAAUAAUGCCAAGGAAAGUAUAGGGGAUGUUUUUUUUUUUUUUUUUUUUUUUUUUUUU